AUCUCUCUCACAUUUUAUAAACCACUCAUCUCUUUUUAUAAAAAGUCUUCAUAUUUUGCAUCAUUUUUUACCCGCUUCCACACCAUUUCUCGCUAAAAAAAUAUCAUGGCUUCACCCGUUUCUUCAAUUUCCUCAAUUUCAUCAAUGUCUUCAUCGUCUUCGUCCGAGUGGUAUUCAUCAUCUUCGGAAGAGGAUGUUAUUAUGCACAACAUGAUUAUGAACGCGGCUCAAGUGUUCAUGUCGGCCGCUGAAGGGUCGUCCCAACCGCUAACCAGACGAGCAAAAUAUAAUCGAGACCAAGAAGCCGGCCACGAUAAACUAGUAGCCGAUUAUUUUGCCGACGAACCCGUGUACCCAGCCGAGAUUUUUCGACGUCGUUUCCGCAUGAGUCGUCGACUGUUCUUACGUAUUGCAGGCGACAUGGCCCAGUCUGAUCCGUUUUUUACAUUGCGAAACGAUGCUAGGGGUCAAAGGGGUUUCAGCAAUUUACAAAAAUGUACGUCGGCCAUUCGCCAACUUGCGUACGGUUACGCACCAGAUGCAUUAGACGAGUACAUUAGGAUGUCUGAAAGAACCGCACGUCGAUGUUUAUACAAGUUUUGCCAAUGGGUUGUCAAAUUGAAACGAGUACACACAUCACAACCUACAAGCGGACUUGGUGGAGCAUAUUUGGAACAACGCUGAAAACGAACCCGCCCACCACAUGGAAGACGACGACUAGUAGCUUAUUUUAGUAUGUUAGGAUAUUUUUACGUUUUUUUUUUUUAACUUUAGGUU